GCGGGGUGUUAGUCAAAUUGUUUGACUAGAAAUUUGAUACAUGGUGAUAAUUUUUGGUACUCAUUUUAUGGUACAUGCGUACAGGGUGAAAUAGUAAAUCGUGUUUGUGUAUUUUGGAUGAGGCUAACAGAUAGUGUUCCGUUGAAUAGUAUAUUUAUUGAUUAAAUUAAUAAGUUUUACAAGUGUUAUUAGUUUUUCAAGAUUUCAUUUUGUGCAAUAUAUAUUAACGAUAUUGUUUAAUCGCUAUUAUAAACUGUGUAGUAAGCGGAUCGAUUGUGACAAGGCCGAUAAAUGAAAAAAAAACAUAAUGGAUUCAAAACAAGGAAAUGAAAAUGCGGCUAAGGUAAACAGAAGAUUACUAUACAACGCUGUAGUAUCCCGUAACAUAGAACAGGUUAAGAUUCUAAUAAAUAGAGGAGUUUCUUUAAAUACUAUAUUAGACGGUGACAUUACACCGUUAUGUUUAGCUAUUAAAACCGAUAACAUUGAACUAUCAAAAUAUCUGUUAGACAAAGGAGCAGAUAUUAAUUAUAGCUUCGGUGGCAAAAUGCCUUUGCAUUUAGCAAUUACUUAUAGUAGUUUUGAUUUUGUCAAAUAUUUAGUAGAUAAAAGUGCCAACAUCAAUGCUAUUAUUAGUAAAAAAACUCCAUUGCACGUAGCUAUUUCAGAAGGAAACGAUGAAAUUAUUAAAUAUCUAUUGGAUAAAGGUGCUAAUAUAAAUCCUAUUUGUAUUAAUUGUGCUAUCAAAUCACCAUUACAUCUUGCUGUGCGUCUUCGAAAUUUGAAUAUUAUCAAAUAUCUGAUAGAUAGAGGUGCUUACGUCAACGCUGUUUUUUAAAAUAAAACACCGUUGCAUCUAGCCAUUUCCUUAGAUCAUGAAGAGACUGAUGAAAAUAAAAAUGAAAUUGCUAAAUAUUUGAUACAAAAAGGCGCUAAUAUUAAUUUUGCUUCUGAAAAUAAAACUCCUAUACAUUUAGCAGUGGAGCGUAAUAAUAUAAAAUUACUAAAACAAUUGCUAUCUAAGGGCGCUAGUUUAAACUUCGUUGAUAACAAUCAAUCACCAUUGCAUUUAGCAAUUAACAAUAAUAAUCAAAAUAGUAAAGCUUUUAUUAAACAAGCGUGUUAAUGUGAAUUCUAUUUGUGACAAUAAAACACCGUUAUAUUUAGCUCUUCGUAAUAAUAACAACAAGAUAGUUAAAUUGUUGUUAAAGAAUGGUGCUGACAUUGAUGCCUUUUGCGACAACAAAACGUCACUAAAUUUAGCAAUCAUUCACAAAAACUUAAAAUCAGUUCGAGAUUUGGUUCACAGAGGCGCUAAUGUGAAUCUUAUUUCUAAUGGUAUAGCGCCAUUACAAUUAGCUAUAAAUAACAAAAGUCUAAAAUUGGUGAAAUUUUUGAUAGAGAAUGGUGCUGAUCUGACUGCUAUUUGUGACCGUGAAAUUCUACUUGGUGUGGCCGCUUGUAGAAACCCGUUCGAAAUAGCUCAAUAUUUGUUAGAAAAACUUCUACCAGUGACAAAAGAUCGUUUAUUCCUGAGGCCGCUGAUCAUUACAUGUUGCAAGCAGUCAGAAGCUUGUCAAAUAACCAUACGGAUGUGAAUUCUAUUGAUCUCAAAAGAUCACCAUCAUAUUUAACAGUCAAAAAUCCAUUGGAAUUAGUUGAACGUUUGGCAGCGAAUUGUGGUUAUAAGAAUGUAGAUUGGGGCCAAUUAGAUUGAAAAAUACUAUUAAGAUUAGCUGUUUAUAGACAUUACAAUUCAAUGGCAAGAUUUAUCAUGGAGCAAGAUGCUACUUUAAUUACUACUGAAAUACUUCAUGUAGCUAUUCAAUAUGAUAACUUAGAAAUAGUUUCGUAUUUGAUAGCCAAAGGUAGGGUCAAUGUAAAUGAGUUUUAUGACAAUCGAAUACUGUUUUUUUACGCUUUGAAAGCUGGUAGUUGUAAAAUCAUUGAGUUUCUAAUUGAUAACCAAGCUGAAGUCAGUUGUAUUUAUAAUAACAUGAGCUGCCUACAAAUUAUGAUGGUGCAUUAUACAACCGUAUCAGCUAAUGUUAAGUAUCUACUAAUGGCUGGUUAUGAUGUCAACAUGGAAGAUGAGAACAAAAAAGUUGCCGCUGAUUAUCUGGAACAAUAUAAUCAUAAACGUGAUUUUGUUGAGAUUGUUCAAAAGCACAUUAUCAAAUUAAUAGCCGCAAAUUUGUACGUAUGUUCAAAAAAUAAAAAAGCGGCUCUUGCUCACAAGAGUUAUAAUUUAAUUUAUCUUCAGUGUGCUAAAGAAGUCAAUUUGAUGAAGCUUGAUGAAGCGUCGAUUACUUUUGAUGUUAGAGUAACUUGUCAUGAUUUGUUGAGAAAAUCAAUUCAUAAAUCAGCUUUGAGAUUCAAGUAUUUGUUUCGAAAUAGAUUUUGUAAUUUUGAGAAACCAUGUAUUCCGUCAGAAAUUUUACCUAGGCUUAAUCAUUACGGAAGUAUAGAGUUUCGGCUUGUAAAAGUGUUAGAAAGAGCAGAAUUCUUAGUCAAAGUAGACGAUUUUGUUAUUGAUAUUGCUCAAAGUUUGUUAUUAGAUCCGGAAGUUAUGCGGGAAUUUUUUGAAUAUUUUAGUAAUCAAGAGUUGAAGUUAAUUCCUGAUUUCUUAUAAUAACUAUUUUUAUUCAUGUCAAAUAUUUAUUAAUCGGUAAAAGAUAUCGGAAAGAGAUGUAGA